AUGGCGUCCUCGGAGCAGGCUGAGCAGCCGAGCCAGCCAAGCUCUGCUCCAGGAAGUGAAAAUGUGGUGCCUCGAGAGCCGCUGAUUGCCACAGCAGUGAAGUUUCUACAGAAUUCUCGGGUCCGCCAGAGCCCACUUGCAACCAGGAGAGCGUUCCUUAAGAAGAAAGGGCUGACAGAUGAAGAGAUCGAUUUGGCUUUCCAGCAGUCAGGCACGGCUGCCGAUGAGCCUACGUCCUUGGGCCCAGCCACACAGGUGGUUCCUGUCCAGCCCCCUCACCUCAUUUCGCAGCCAUACAGCCCUGCGGGCUCCCGGUGGAGAGACUACAGCGCCUUGGCCAUCAUCAUGGCAGGGAUUGCGUUUGGCUUUCACCAGCUCUACAAGAAGUACCUGCUCCCCGUCAUCAUGGGCGGCCGGGAGGACCGGAAGCAGCUGGAGCGGAUGGAGGCAAGUCUGUCGGAGCUGAGUGGCAGUGUGGCCCAGACAGUGACUCAGUUACAGAUGACCCUUGCCUCAGUCCAGGAGCUGCUGAUUCAGCAGCAGCAGAAAGUCCAGGAGCUGGCCCAUGAACUGGCCACAGCCAAGGCCACCACGUCCACCAACUGGAUCCUGGAGUCCCAGAACAUCAAUGAACUCAAGUCGGAAAUUAACUCCUUGAAGGGGCUUCUUUUGAAUCGGAGGCAGUUCCCGCCCUCCCCGUCGGCCCCGAAGAUCCCCUCCUGGCAGAUCCCCGUCAAGUCGCCCUCGCCCUCCAGCCCCGCAGCGGUGAACCACCAUAGCAGCAGCGACAUCUCGCCCGUCAGCAACGAGUCCACGUCGUCCUCGCCCGUGAAGGAGGGCCACAGCCCCGAGGGCUCCACGGCCACGUACCACCUGCUGGGCCCCCAGGAGGAGGGCGAGGGGGUGGUGGACGUCAAGGGCCAGGUGAGGAUGGAGGUGCAGGGCGAGGAGGAGAAGAGGGAGGACGAGGAAGACGAGGAGGACGAGGACGUGAGCCGCGUGGACGAGGAGGACUGCCUGGGGGUGCAGAGGGAGGACCGCCGGGGUGGGGACGGGCAGAUCAACGAGCAGGUGGAGAAGCUGCGGCGGCCGGAGGGUGCCAGCAACGAGAGCGAGCGGGACUAG